AUGGCAUCUCAAGACCUCGCUUCCACCUACGCCGCUCUCAUCCUCGCCGAUGAGCAGCAGGAGAUCUCCGCUGACAAGAUCGUCUCGCUGACGACCGCUGCCGGCUGCCCCGUCGAGCCCAUCUGGGCCACCCUCCUGGCCAAGGCCCUCGAGGGCAAGGACGUCAAGGAGCUCCUGAGCAACGUUGGCUCCGGUGCCGGUGGAUCUGCCGCCGUUGCCCCCACCGCUGCUGCUGGAGGUGCCGCCGCUGGUGGUGCCGCUGAGGAGAAGAAGGAGGAGAAGAAGGAGGAGGAGAAGGAGGAGUCUGACGACGACAUGGGUUUCGGUCUCUUCGACUAA